UACCGCUGGUUUCAUCUUAGGGUUGGACGAGCGAGAUUUGAGGGCCGACAUGUGAGUGGCCUCUUUGCUUUGCCUUGGAAUCGGAAUGACUCAAAAGAGGCGAAAUUGUGGGCGCUCCAAACAUGGACGUGGACACGUCAAGUUUGUCCGUUGCACCAACUGUGCUAGGUGUGUACCUAAGGACAAGGCCAUUAAGAAGUUUGUGAUCAGAAACAUUGUAGAGGCUGCAGCUGUUAGAGAUAUUGCUGAUGCCAGUGUGUAUGAAGUAUAUGCUCUUCCAAAACUAUAUGUUAAGCUUCACUACUGCGUGAGCUGUGCAAUCCACUCCAAGGUUGUCCGAAACAGAUCCAAGGAGGACAGAAGAAUCAGGACCCCACCUCCAAGGUUCCAACGCAAGUCUGAGGGACAGAAGCCCCAAGGUCCUCCCGGUACUGCUGGUGGACCAAGAAACAACUAGAAGAUCUGUUUAGAUUGUUAAUUUGAAUGUUCCUCAUUGACAGCCAAUAAAAAUCUUUACUUGGAA